GUCGCUAAGCUGCUUCUCGAUACAGGCAAGGUCGACGUCGAUGCUAAAGACGACAGUGGCAGGACCCCGCUCUGGUUGGCCACCGAGCGAAGGCAUGAGACUAUGGUCAAGCUGCUUCUCGAUACGGGCAAGGUCGACGUCGAUACUAAAGACGAUAGUGGCAGGACCCCGCUCUGGUUAGCCACCGAGCAAGGGCAUGAGACUAUGGUCAAGCUGCUUCUCGAUACGGGCAAGGUCGACGUCGAUACUAAAGACGACAGUGGCAGGACCCCGCUCUGGUUAGCCACCGAGAAAGGGCAUGAGACUAUGGUCAAGCUGCUUCUCGAUACGGGAAAGGUCAGUAUAGAUAUUAGAGACACUGUACUUGGCCACACGCCACUCUCGUUGGCCGCUCAGAAUGGGCAUGAGGCUAUUGUCAAGCAGCUUCUCAAUAUGAGAAAUGUUAAUGUCAAUUCUAGAGAUACUAGCUUUGGAAGGACACCGCUCUUAUGGGCUGCCGAGCGAGGGCAUGGGUCUGUCGCCAAGCUACUUCUUGAAACAGGCAAAGUCGAAGUUGAUAUUAAGGACUACAGUGGUAAUACACCUCUCUGGUCGGCUGCC